AAGUGGCUUUAAAUGUAAGACGUCUCAGAGGAUCCAGCCAGUGCACCAAGAUAGAAAACAGCGCGCAUCCAGAGACUGGAGUGAAGCCUUGUGACCGACAGAGAGACGCACUCCAGGGGACUGCGCACACUCACGCACACACGGGUUUCUGGCUGCCCAAACUGCUGCUUAGCUGGCACAGAGCUGACUACAGUGCAGAGCCACUUGUGUAAAAGAACUGCUGCGUGCAAGCACGGGAGAUUUAUGAAGCUUUCAAGGCCUUUUGGUCUUCCAGAACAGUACUACAGCCUGGUGUGGUUCCUCAGCCCCAUCCUGGGCCUCAUGUUCACUCCUUUGAUCGGAUCAGCCAGUGACCGCUGCACUUUGCGCUGGGGUCGCCGCCGGCCCUUCAUCCUGGCACUGUGUGUAGGUGUGCUCUUCGGCGUAGCGCUCUUCCUUAACGGAUCUCUAAUAGGUUUGGCAAUAGGAGACGUGCCCAACAGGCAGCCUAUAGGCAUCGUGCUGACCGUACUUGGAGUGGUGGUGCUAGACUUCUGUGCUGAUGCAGCUGAAGGGCCCAUCAGAGCAUAUCUGCUGGACGUGGCUGACACGGAGGAGCAGGAUAUGGCUCUCAACAUCCACGCUUUCUCAGCAGGACUGGGAGGUGCUGUGGGCUAUGCACUUGGUGGCCUUGACUGGACAAACACCAUCCUUGGUCAGGCUUUUAAGUCCCAGGAACAAAUCCUGUUUGUGUUCGCUGCUGCAAUAUUCAUCGUCUCCGUGGUACUGCACCUCUUCAGCAUCGAGGAGGAACAGUAUAUCCCACAGCAGGAACGCCUGGAUGAGGAGGCGGAUGGGACAGCCUCUGUCAAACCAAAUGUCCUGCUUGGUCUUCCGACGUCGCAGCAGCAGCUGGAUCUGGUUCCUGAGGAUGAGCCCUAUGAGCGUGAAGCCCACUCAGCUGAGCCAGAGCUGGACUUCCUGGAUGUGGAGCUGGUGCGUAGUAAGAGUGACUCGGUGCUGGCCAUGGCUGAUGGCACCCUGGAGCAUGAGGCGCUCUUCUUGCGCCAGAUAGAGCCUUCCAUCUUUCACGAGCGCUUAUCAUCGUACCAUGGCAGUCAAGAGUUCCCACAUGGACGUUUCAGCCUCAGUCGUCUCUCAUCCUUCAUGCACGAUCUGGAGGGUGAAGACGUGCCACUCCAUGCAGAAUCCAAAGCCCCCAAUGGCCAACUAGCUGGGGACAGCGAUGCCACCAGAAACUCCCAGCCACUUCCAACAAAUGCACUCAAAUCCUCCAGCGCUGGAGCUGCCAUCCGGCGCCGGCGCCACACCUUCUACCGGCAGUCAUCCUGUACUUUCUCCUACUAUGGACGCCUAGGCUCACACCGCUACCGCUACAGGCGUGCCAAUGCCGCCGUGCUUAUAAAACCAUCACGCAGCAUGAACGACAUCUACGAGAUGCAGCAGCGCCAGAGGAGGGCACAGCGCCACAGGGCUCGGCACCAAAGCAGCAACACUACAUCUAGUGGAGACACUGAAAGCGAGGAGGGUGAAACUGAGACUACCGUACGCCUCCUCUGGAUGUCCAUGCUAAAAAUGCCCAAAGAAUUACUGCGGCUCUGUUUGUGUCACCUGCUCACCUGGUUCUCAAUCAUCGCUGAGGCCGUAUUCUACACUGACUUUAUGGGACAGGUUAUCUACGAGGGUGACCCCACGGCUCCAUCAAACUCCACUGAGCUGCAGAACUACCAUAAGGGAGUGCAGAUGGGCUGCUGGGGACUGGUAAUCUAUGCUGCUACUGCUGCUGUCUGCUCAGCUUUACUCCAAAAGUACCUGGACAACUUUGACCUCAGCAUAAGAGUCAUCUACAUUCUGGGCACACUGGGCUUCUCUGCUGGCACAGCCAUCAUGGCCAUCUUCCCCAACGUUUAUGUAGCCAUGGUGAUGGUCAGCAGUAUGGGUAUCAUCUCCAUGAGCAUCUCCUAUUGUCCAUAUGCUCUACUGGGCCAGUACCAUGAGAUCAAAGAGUAUAUCCAUCACAGCCCUGGCAACUCAAAACGAGGCUUCGGCAUCGACUGCGCAAUUCUGUCAUGCCAGGUGUACAUCUCUCAGAUCAUCGUGGCAUCAGCAUUAGGUGCAGUAGUGGACGCAGUGGGCAGUGUCCGUGUCAUCCCCAUGGUGGCAUCCGGUGGCUCCUUCCUGGGUUUCCUGACCGCUUGCUUCCUGGUAAUGUAUCCAGGUGUUGGUGAUGGGGAGAAGAGUGAGCAGAACAAAGCUCUGACCAAUUCCAGCAACGCAGAGAAUGAUGCCAGCCCCGAGAAGCCCAGUGUCCUGAAGCUCACGCGCAAAGGCACCACUACAACAACCUGCAACGUGGAGUGCGAAUCCGCGCUGUGAAGUCGAUGAGUAGCUGUGGCAACACUUACAUUCCCUCCAUCCCAGCAUAGAUCAGCUUUCAUGGUGGAGUGGUAGAUUGUUUUGGGAGGUGGCAUUUGUAUUCUUCAUCCUCAGGGCCACUGGGGAACAUUGGCAAUGACGAGGGCAUUUGAUUGGUCUCUCUCUUUUGCGCUCUUUCUUUUUAUAUUUCUCAAUUUAAGCACGCACUUCAUCCAAUCAAAGAUCCUACUUCCACUCAGUGUGAGAUCUAAUUGAAAUGGAAAUAAUUUGUGUAAGAUAAUCACUUGGAUUCUCAGUUUUGGUUCCAUUUAUAAUUGUUCUUUCAUGUUUGCUUGUUUGGUUUUAUGGCCUCCUGUCCAGGAAGAGGAAGUUUCCCCAAGUACAUUUACAUUCAAGUUAUUCCACAAAAUUGAGUCCUAUGAGCUGAUGGCUAUAAGCCAUAUAUGACGAGAUUGAGUGGAAUAACAGUUUUAUUUUAUCCACAUUCACUGGAUUUUGAGAAACGUAGUAUUUUUUUAUUUUUUGCGAAUUCGAUAAAUAAAAACUUUUAUACAAAACGUCCGACAGAAUCAUUUCCACAGAGAAUGUAAACAAACUGGUGAAAUGAGGGUAGCAAUUUGUGAAAAAUGCGAUAAUUCUUGAAUUUUUUUUAAAAAGAUAUGUUCUUACCAUCAAAUACCUUCAUUCCAUAUUUGUGGGCUGGGUUUUUUUUUUUUAAAUUGGGGUUUUGUUUUCGAGUCCAGUUUUUAUUUCGUCCUCAGUUGGCUCAGCAACACGCUCCACCAUUUUUGUUUUUCUCUACUCACAGUAUAUGAGCUGAUAUCCUAGUAGUAGAGUAGCCAAUCGGAGCAUGCGCUUGCUCAUAUCCAGUGAAUGUGGAUAGAAUAACUAAUAUUUAAUCCUUGGGUUUUUUGGGUUUUUUUUUUCUCAAAUAAAUGUUAAAACUGUCAACUCCUUGUGGCUUUAUGUGAAGGUGUGAUCUGCAGUAAAACAUCCAAAGGUUCAAAACAAACCCAAAUCCUCAUCUCUGCAUUUCAUUAUCCUUAUCAUAGUGUUUUAGUUUGUGCAAAACUGCUGAAGUCAGUCCUGGGAGAAAGAAUUGUUUCUCAUUCAAAGUUUCCUACCUUUCCCAGGGUCCUCUGCUGUAUCUAUAAGCAGUGCAUAGAAAAAUGUUUCAAUUUUAACAUCCAUAUCCAAAUCUUCCACCCAUCGGUGGAACAGCUUUACUGCUUAACAGAUAGUUGUACCAAAUUGAGUAAAUGUGUGAAAAUGGUGAAUAUGCCCUGCACAUCUUUCAGUUGUGAUUGGAGUCCGCUCAGUUGUGUAGUUUGAGGUGCUUUGGGAAGCUGCUUGAAGAGCAUUUCAGUGUCCAUGCUCACGGUCUUCACUUUUUGGCAGAACUUAAGCUGUGCAGUGAACUCACUGAAAUAAAAGGUUGUUUUUCGUGUACUUCUCCACCUUUCUGUUUUGCUUCUGUUGAAUGGAGGGUGCUUGGGACAGAAGUGCUGCACCAUCAGUAGUAAUGUUUACAUUCUCCUUCACUGCUGCAUGUUGGAAGUUGUUUUUAGACCCUUCCACACAAAGAUCUCCCAAUUUCCUCGUCAUCUCUGGCACCUUGGCUGCUCCAUGGCCUCCGGUUCAGUCCCAGUUUAUUCCACAGCUGUGCAAUACACCUGAGAUGGUGGACGCUGGAGUGUGUGCGCGCUUAAUUUUUCCAGCUGGUCAUCUGGGUUUGUUCCAUUUUGGUGUAAAGUGGGGAGAUUUCUGACUUGCUGAAGGCUGGAUGACCAGUCAUGAUCCUAUUGGGAUAUUCACGAGACACGAUAUUUACUUCCAUGUUGUUGCUGAGCAUGUCAGACACUCUGAAGCAUGUUGACAAUAUUUGUGAUUCCCUUAAAGCAGAUUUGUACUUGUAUCUAUCUUUAUAUGGUAUUAAAGCUAAGUUGUAAGCUGAAAUGUUUUUUUGAAAUGGUGAUGAAAAGAAAAAAAAAAGAUAAACCAAACUUGAAGGAAAAAAAUGUAUAGCUUAUUUUCAGACAAAUCAGACACAGUUGCAAUAAUGAUUUGCCUCAGAAUGUGUGAACGUUUGAGUGCUGAAUUUUUCUACCUAGUACAUGAGGAUGUUGCAUCCUAGAUAAAGAAAUGCAAUACAUUUUAUGAAGGCCACAUACUAGCCUCUAGAAUGAACUAAUAGUUAUAAUGCAUUUAUAAGGCAUUAUUAAAAUUGAAUUGUAAUUAAUUCAAUGUGUAUUAAUGGUAUACCACAAUGACAUGAUCCAUGUCUGUGCUAAAAAUAAUCCCUUUUUCCCCCUUAUCUUUAAAGCAUGAAAAAACCAAUUUGCUUUGUUUUUUAAUAACAAUUAUUUAAUUUGAACCAGAUCACUAUGCCCCAAAAAGAAGACACUUUACAAAUGCUCAGAGGGGGGGGGGAAUUCCUCAGCUACAGCUUUCAAGUUCAUAAUUUCUCAACUAGAUAUGUGUGGGAUUGUUUUUAUCCCCCGCUGGCCGAAAAGCCCAAAGGGGGAUUGUCGUGGCGAUUUUCUAUCCAUCCAUCCUGGGAAGGGUACUCGCCUUCUGAAAUCGACUCCUCUCUAAGUUUUUGGAGGAAUUUCACAAAACUUGACAGAAUUUGUUGUUUGUAUGUCGGUAAUAAGCAUAUUGUAACUUCAUUCAAUUCGGUCACAUUUUAGCAGAGUUACAGCCCUUGAUUAACAAAAUUAUACUUUUGACAAUUUCAUGAGUGUUUUCCUUCUGAAAUCAACUCCUCUCAAUUUUUGGAGGAAUUUCAUGAAACUUGGCAAAAGGCAUUAUGUCGGUAGUACGCAUAUUUUGUUCAAUUUGGUCGCGUUUUGCCAGAGUUGUGGCCCUUGAUUAACAACCUUGUACUUUCAUGAAGGUGUUUUCCUUCUGGCAUCAACUCCUCUCACGAUUUUUGGAUGAAUCUCUCGAAGCUCAGCAAAAGGCCUUGUUAUAUGACGCUAAUAUGCAUAUUGCGAUUUUAAUUUCGCUUGUGAAAAUUUUUACCAGAGUUUUGACUCUUGAUUAAAUAACUUGUACUUUGACAAUUUCAUGAGGGCGUACGUUCUUCUGAAAUCAACUCCUCUCACAAUUUGUGGAGAAAUUUCACCAAACUUGGCAAAAGGCUUUACGACAGUUAUACGCAUAUUGAAGUUUCGUUUAAUUUGGGCAAAUUUUACCAGAGUUAUGCCCUCAGUGAUUAACAAACUUGUACUUUUGGCAAUUUCAUCAAGGUGUGCUUGCUUUGAGAUCAACCUUAUCCCCCGCUGGCCAAAGGCCCAAAGGGGAAUUAUGCUGUGGCAAUAUCUGUCUGUCCAUCCGUCCCAGGAAGGGUACUCACCUUCUGAAAUCAACUCCUCUCUGUUUUUGGAGGAAUUUCACGAAACUUGACAGGAUUCUUUGUUAUAUGUUGGAAAUGCGCAUAUUGCAAUUUCGUUCAAUUCGGUCACAUUUUACCAGAGUUAUGGCACAGUUGCCAGCGGGGGAGAUUGUGCUCUCAGAGCAUGCUUGUUUAAGCUUCCUCACACAUUUUUGUCCUUUGGUUUAUACCAACCUAUAUCAUUUCUUACAAAUUUUACUUGAUUAUAUUUCCCAAACAAUAUAAACUAACUAGUAGCCUAAUUUAAACUUCCCCAACCCUGAGCAGGUAGAUACGAACAAUGAAUGAAUGAACACUGUAAAUGCAUCAUGUUUCAUUCAUGUUCAUAAACAUGGUCUUUGUCCAACAAGCUUUGUUUUUAUGUCUUUUUUUAAAAAAUCUGUCCAUUCCAUAUAAUGCAAAUAGUAUAUUCGUCUUCAGUAACAUCCCUAAUAUGAACAAGAGAUUUGUUUUAAAUUAUAUCUCGCUUUAUGUAGGACUGAUGCAUACUACUUUACUGUGCAUUCUUAUAAAUAUAAGAAUUAAAAAAAUAACAUUUUAAAUUGUAGCUAAAUAUAAAGUGCUACAAUGCAUUGACAGUUCAAUGCAUUAAUAGUUCAAGAAAACAACAUAAAAAUUAGAAAGUUCAGGGUUUAAUUGCUAAACAUAAUAUGCAAACUGAGUUUCUUGGACGUGUUAUGUAUACUACACUUAAUUCACUGCAUUAACAAUUAAUAAUAAGGUAAAGUGCAAUUUUCAAAAAUAUGUACAGUAUAAUGCCUUGUAAUGUCAAAACAGAUAUAGAUAAAUAUGGCCUUCAUAGAAAGUGUUACUGAUAUGUACUUAUCACUUUUUAUAUAUAAAUAAAAAUAAGUACUUGAAGUGUGCGAUGUUCAUUUUUUUUUUUCUUCAAUGAACCAAGAAAGGUGUAUGGUAAAGACCUGGGUGAAGGGAUGCUGGGUUGGACUUUUUUGGUUUGGUUGGUUGGUGUUGCUCAAUCAGAAGGUGUGUUCAAGUCACACAGCUGUAACUAUUGACAUUUAUUGUGGUUUUUUUUUUUUUUUUUUUUUUAAACUAUGAGCAAAAGAUCUGACAUUGCAAAGAACUUGCACAUGGGCUGUCGUCCCUGACUCGGAUUAUGCAUGGUCUUGGACUAUGAAGGAUUUCCAAAGGAGUUAAACCCUUUUACUGUGCAAGUUGGUUCAAGACAUGGCUUAAUCUUGGUCGAGAAAGAGGCCUGCACAGAGUUUUAAGAAUCAUCCUGCAAAAGAGAGAAACCUCUGGAUAUUUAUUUUUGAGCUCGAUCAUGUUGUAUAAAAUGCUUUGGCUUUAUUUAAAGAUGAAACUCUAAUGACCGAGAGAUAUAUUAACUGUUGUACUUGAUGCAAGUUGAAGUAUGCGUUGGAAAAGAUCAGAGUUGUGUGUACACACGUGUGUCGGUGUAAUGUCAGAAUUGGACUUUAGCUUUUUUUUUUUUUUAAGUUUACAGACAUUAAUUUGAAGCAAAUGUCACAAGUCAAUGAUUCUCAUUCUAUUUAGUUAAUGGGAUGUGAUUACUGAAUAAUCUUUCUUCAUUGCCUCAUUGAUUGUGUGUUUUGUUCUGUGUUCAUUAUUCUGAAGAAAGUAAGUGGAUGUUAACAUUGUUACGACAGACAAAAUGUAUGGAGAACAGAGUAGCUGCCGUGUACUAUAUGCCUUGUUAUUAGAGAGUUGUAUAUAUUCCUUUUGAAAUGGUUUCUUUUGCUGCUAUUAAGAAAAAAAGGCUGAUUUUA